UGGGCGCCGGAGGAAGCCGAGGCGGAGCGGGGCCGCAGGCGCCGGCGGCCGCGAUCCCAGGGCGCUCCGAGCUCGCGGGAGGUGGCGCGGGGUCCGGCUUAGCCGCGUGCCCACGUGCGCGCCCGCGGGCCGGCGCGGGGCUCUAGGGUGGCUGCGCACCCCCCAGGGACCCAUGGGGACCGGGGCCGGGGGUCGCCGGGCUGCGGCGGAGCCGAGGGGCUGAGCGGGCGGCGGGCUGCGCCAUGGCGGCGCCGGGCUGCGGGCCCUGAGCGCCGGCGGCAGGCGCGCACCAUGAACUCGUGGGACGCGGGCCUGGUGGGGCUGCUGGUGGGCACGAUGGGCGUUUCGCUGCUGUCCAACGCGCUGGUGCUGCUCUGCCUGCUGCACAGCGCCGACAUCCGCCGCCAGGCGCCCGCGCUCUUCACCCUCAACCUCACGUGCGGCAACCUGCUGUGCACCGUGGUCAACAUGCCGCUCACGCUGGCCGGCGUCGUGGCGCAGCGGCAGCCGGCUGGCGACCGCCUGUGCCACCUGGCUGCCUUCCUCGACACCUUCCUAGCCGCCAACUCCAUGCUCAGCAUGGCCGCGCUCAGCAUCGACCGCUGGGUGGCCGUGGUCUUCCCGCUGAGCUACCGCGCGAAGAUGCGCCUCCGCGACGCCGCGCUCAUGGUGGCCUACACGUGGCUGCACGCGCUCGCCUUCCCAGCCGCCGCGCUCUCCCUGUCCUGGCUGGGCUUCCACCAGCUGUACGCUUCGUGCACGCUGUGCAGCCGGCGGCCGGACGAGCGCCUGCGCUUCGCCGUCUUCACGGGUGCCUUCCACGCGCUCAGCUUCCUGCUCUCCUUCGUCGUGCUCUGCUGCACGUACCUCAAGGUGCUCAAGGUGGCCCGUUUCCACUGCAAGCGCAUCGACGUGAUCACCAUGCAGACUCUCGUGCUGCUCGUGGACAUCCAUCCCAGUGUGCGAGAACGCUGUCUGGAGGAACAGAAGAGACGGCGCCAACGUGCCACCAAGAAGAUCAGCACCUUCAUAGGGACCUUCCUCGUGUGUUUUGCACCCUACGUGAUCACCAGGCUGGUGGAGCUGUCCUCCGCAGUGCCCAUCGGGUCCCACUGGGGGGUGCUGUCCAAGUGCUUGGCCUACAGCAAGGCGGCCUCCGACCCCUUCGUGUACUCCCUGCUGCGGCACCAGUACCGCAAAAGCUGCAAAGAGAUGCUGAACCGGGUGCUCCGCAGGCGCUCCCUCCGCUCCUCGGGCCUCACGGGGGACUCCCACUGCCAGAACAUUCUGCCCGUCUCUGAGUGAAGGAUGCUGUGCCCGCUGGACGAUUUGGAAUGAGACAGCUGGUGAGAAGCGGAGAAGGAGGGCUUGGGGCCUCUGGGUGGACACCACCAGCCGCCACCCACCGGGCACCCCAGUGAUUCCGGUCCCCUGGCUUGUGGGGCGCUGCUCCCUGCUUCCUGGUUCCUCAAGGGCAGAGGUGGGGCUGCCCUGUUUACCACCAAAGGAUGACUGUGGUCACGUGCUCUGGCUUUUCUUUCUGAGAAGCUCCCCUGAGCCCCUGGACUCACCAGAGGCCCCCCAGGCCAUACCUGGAGGAUGACUGGAUGUGUCCAGGCAUGACCGAGGACACACCCUCCUGGUGGCAGGUGGGGGGAGCAUGACAUCACUGCUCCCUAACCACUGGACACUGGGCUCCGUGCCGAGGAAAAGUGGGGUCUCCGCGGGACACCCACCACACUGAAGGUGAGGCUGGUGUCUUGCACGACUUCUUCUCCACAUGCUUGUGGCGGCGGCCUUCACCCAAAUAUUACGCAGCUGGUCCUCACUAUAUUGUGUCUGGCUCAGACUCCCAAGCCCUGUGCCCAAGAGGAAAAUGUUUAACAACCAGUGGCCACCCAGGUGUUGCUGACCAGUUGUCUUGGGAAUGGUUAUGUUGGAUUCAACUUUUGACCCUCUCCUCCCCCAAAAAGCUUGUUGUAGACAAUCGUAGCAUGAAAAUGGUUUAAAUAGGCAGGUAAUAUACGUAAUGCUGUUCUCUGAAGUCUGAACCUGAGGUCACCUUCCUGUGACUUCCAUGUCAUACCUGUUGGAGCCAAGGAGAGGCAGGAGGAAGGUGUCUGGCUGGCGUCCCCACCCCGGUUUGUGACCUGAAUUUGCAAGAAGCAUUUUUCCUUGUCUCACACAUUUUGUCCAGCACAUCCUGUGAGAUCAUGGACAAGAACUGACCUGGGCAGGGUUUUAGCCUUGAUUUUAAGGCACUGAUUUCCAGGAUCCUAGUGGCUCAAUAUGCUGGUUUUUUUGAGUCUAUCAAAAGAAAGUCUGUCCGAGGUUCCGAGGUGACUGAGAAAGUUCUGCGUGCUAAUGAAGGAGCAGUGAAAUUUUUAUUGAAAACCUUAACUGUAAUAUAUAUGCCAACCCAUUGGCAACCACACUCUUGGUUUAAAUAAAAACCAGGGUGAGUGGACCAUGCUUUCCACCUGUCUGUUUUCAUUUACCAUCUCAAAUUAAUAUGUGAAUGCUGAGAGCAGUUAU